GACGCUGUAGUCGUUAGUAAAUUCAAAUAUCUUACUUUGACUAUUAGCUUGCGCAACUGUCUCUUGUUUGCGCAAACCUAGUUCCUUCUCUCUUUGACACUUGCGUCUCCAUCCUUUAAUCGAAGGAAGGAACUUAGCAGGGCCUGAACUUGCCAACCCUUUUUGCCUUUGCUUUUAAGCCCGCAAAGGCUCCUGGACUGCUAGUUGCGACGCCACUCCUUACUCGGCGGCAAAGAUGGGCCGGGACGAGGAAGACUAUCCUGAUGAGGUUGAGGAGCGGCUAACCAACGAGGAGUACAAAAUUUGGAAGAAAAACACUCCUUUUCUAUAUGAUCUUGUGGUGACCCAUGCGCUUGAGUGGCCCAGCCUUACAGUCCAAUGGCUACCGGAUAAAGAGAUCGCGUCCGGCAAAGACUACUCUAAGCAGAAGCUCAUCCUGGGGACACACACGUCGGAUAAUGAGCAGAACUAUCUCAUGAUUGCGGAGGUGCAGCUGCCGUUGGAGGAGUCAGAGCUGGAUGGGCGUGGGUACGACGACGAGCGCAACGAGGUUGGGGGCUUUGGUGGCGCUCACGGCAAGGUGCACGUAAUCCAGCAGAUUAACCACGACGGCGAGGUCAACCGUGCACGCCACAUGCCUCAGGACAAGUUCAUCAUUGCAACGAAAACCGUCAGCGCAGACGUCUACGUCUUUGACUACUCAAAGCAUCCCUCAAAGCCCCACCCAGACGGCCUUUGCCGACCAAACCUGGUCCUCACAGGCCACAAAACGGAGGGGUACGGCCUUGCAUGGUCGCCGUACAUGCCGGGCCACUUGUUGUCCGGCUCGGAUGACGCCCAGAUCUGCCUGUGGGACAUCCAGGCCGGGCCCAAGACAGCAAAUAAACUUGCGGCGCGGACGAUAUACCAGGAGCACCAAGGCGUGGUGGAGGAUGUGGCGUGGCACUGCCACCACGCGGACAUCUUCGGCUCCGUGGGCGACGACAAGCAGCUAAUCCUGUGGGAUGUGCGCCGGCCACCCAACCAAGGCGUCAUGAUCGCCGCCGAGGCUCACACGGCGGAGGUCAACUGCAUUGCAUUCAACCCCUUGAACCCCAACAUCCUAGCAACAGGCUCGGCCGACAAGACGGUUGCGCUGCACGACUGGCGCAACCUGAGCCAGCGGCUGCACGUCUUUGAGAGCCACCAGGACGAGGUCUUCCAGAUUGGGUGGAGCCCCAAGAACGAGACCGUCCUGGCGUCAUGUGGUGCGGACCGGCGCGUCAUGGUCUGGGACCUCUCGCGCAUCGGCGACGAGCAGACACCGGAGGACGCGGAGGACGGUCCGCCGGAGCUGCUGUUCAUCCACGGCGGGCACACGUCGAAGAUUUCGGAUCUGGCGUGGAACUCCAAUGACGACUGGGUGGUGGCGUCCGUUGCGGAGGACAACAUCCUGCAGAUCUGGCAGAUGGCCUCGAACAUCUACGAGGAGCCGGAGGCCGACAACAUGCUGCCUUGAUGAUACUGACGAUGUGUGAAGUGGUGAAGGCGGGUGACACAAAGCUUUGACGGGUUUCUGGUUGUUGGUGCUGUAGGACCGAAGGGAAGUGACGAAAGACAGGGAGUUUCGAGGCUGUAACGAUCUAUCUAGUAUACGACACUGGCUGUAGCAACAAGACUAUAGCUGACGCUGGAAUGAG